AUUAGUAUCUUUUUUAAAGUUGAGUAGUUAAAUUAAACUAGGAAAAAGAAUGUGGAAUUGAAAUAUUAUAUAGUAGUCUUUCACUAAAAAAAUAAAAUUAAAACUGACUAAGCUGGUUUUGAUUUGUUAUUUUCUGAGGUUUGCUUCACAAGAAGGGAAGUCCAUUCUCUUAAGUCCACUCAAUUUCUUUAUAUAAGUAAUGGACACUUCAAAUAGCUACAAUUACAAAGUCCUACAAGCAUCUUAGCUCUUUCUUAGUACCUUUAAGUUCCAAGUAUUGCACAUUUGCACUAUAGUUAGAAGUUAUAGCAACACAAGAGAAAAGAAAAAAAAAACAAACAAAAAGAAAUGUCAGGCUUUUAUGAAGUUUGUGCUGAGGAACUUUUCCAUGUUCAUCCUGAUCCUGUUAUCUUGGAACUCAACAACUUGCAGAACCAACUCAAAGAGAAGGAUCGAGAAUUGGGAGCAGCGCGAAGUGAAAUUAAGGCUUUGAAAGCAACUGAAGUCCUCAAAGACAAAGCUCUUGGAGAGCUCAGAAGUGAAUUUCAAAAAUUGGAGGGAAGGCUGAAAAUCGGCGAAACACUUCUUGAACAAAAGAAUCUUGAUAUCAAACAACUCGCUAAUGAGAAGAAAGAAGCACUGGCUGCACAAUAUGCUGCCGAAACAGCUCUUAGAAGAGUAUAUGCUGAUCAGAAGGAUGAUGAUUUUCCUUAUCUCGAGUCCAUUAUUUCUCCCCUUGAGGCAGAGAUAAAGAUGUAUAAGAAUGAGAUUGCAGCAUUACAAGAGGAUAAAAGGGCUUUGGAUAGACACACUAAGUCAAAAGAGGCGGCGUUGCUUGAAGCAGAAAGGAUAUUAAAAAGUGCUUUAGAAAGGGCAUUAAUAGUAGAGGAGAUUCAAAAUCAGAACUUUGAGCUUAGAAGACAGAUCGAAAUCUUUCAGGAGGAAAACAAAAUACUUGAUAAGACAAACCGUCAAAAGAUUCUUGAGGUGGAAAAGCUAAGCCAAACCAUUAUAGAACUUGAGGAGGCAAUUCUUGCUGGAGGAGCAGCAGCUAAUACACUUCGUGACUACAAACGACGAAUUUCUGAAUUACAAGAGGAGAAGAGGACGUUGGAAAGGGAACUAGCAAGAGUUAAGGUUUCAGCAAACCGAGUUGCAACUGUCGUGGCAAACGAGUGGAAAGAUGAGAAUGACAAAGUCAUGCCUGUAAAACAGUGGCUAGAAGAAAGAAAGCUGUUGCAGGCAGAGAUGCAAAGACUGAGAGACAAAUUAACCAUAUCAGAGAGAACAGCCAAGGCAGAAGCACAACUCAAGGAUAAGCUAAAAUUGAGGCUCAAAACACUCGAACAAGGCUUGAAGCAAGCGUUCAACGUCUCUGUCAAACCUAAUGGAUCCCCAAAACCUCAAAAGACUAAACACUAUCUUGGAAAUAACUUGGUAAAGAAGAGUUUAUGGACUUCUCGAAAUAAGAAUGUUGAGAGUGCUGGAAAGGAAAAUGCAGAAAUGAAGGAGAAUUCUAUUGUGGAUAUAAACAGCAACGAAAUCACAGAGGCGCAUAAGAUCAAGAACCGAGGAGAUGAUCAGGAAGAAAAUAAGACUAAUGGAUGCAGCCAGAGUGAUAACGACGAUACGGUAUCUGGUUUUUUGUAUGACAGGCUACAGAAAGAGGUUAUCUGUUUAAGGAAGUUUUGUGAGACAAAAGAGUCAGCUUUGAAUACUAAAGAUGAAGAAAUUAAGAAGCUAAUGAAGAAGAUUGAGACGUUGUCGAAAGCUAUAGAAGUUGAAGCAAGAAAACGAAAAGUGAAGCAACAAGGAUCAUGAAAACAUCUUGAAGAUUCAUGUAGUGACAGAGAAACGUGGAGCUACUAUCUUGAUUCAUCAGUCAGAUUCUUGCAUUUCUUGUAUAUACAAAGAGUGGAAGUGAUUAAGGAAUAAAGAUCAAAUUCAUUUGUAAUGUGCAAUGUAAAGUGAAUGACUAAUUCUGUCACAACUGGAGUGUAAUUCUUUUUGUUUUAGUUACUUAUUUGUAUAGUUAUUCUCAGCUUUAGAUUCAGAUGAAUAAGAAUAA